CACAACAGAAAAUGCAGGAGUACAUUUAAAGCGGUCACUAGGGCUGUUUAAUGGUGUCGCACUCAUUGCUGGUACUAUCAUUGGCAGUGGUAUCUUCGUCAGCCCUAAAGGUGUCCUAAUGGAGUCUGGGUCGAUUGGCGUGGCAUUAGUCAUCUGGACCAUCUCUGGAUUCAUGUGCCUCGUUGGAGCUCAUUGCUUAGCAGAGCUCGGCACGUGUAUAACCAAAUCAGGAGGACAAUACGCAUACAUUCAGGAGGCCUUUGGACCUCUCGUAGGAUUUCUAUACAUGUGGACAUUUAUAUUGAUCUCUGCCCCAACAGCCAAUGCUGUAAUUGCCUUAACAUUUGCGGAGUAUGUUAUCUACCCAUUUUUUCCUGACUGUCCCUCUCCUGAUCUUGCUAUACGACUACUAGCUGCAGGGGCCAUAACUCUUUUGACAUUUGUGAACUGCGCCAGUGUGAAUGUCGCCUCAAAGGUUCAGAACGUCUUCACAGUCAUUAAGAUUGUUGCCCUUUGCACAGUUAUUUUAACAGGAAUUGUGAAGUUGAUUCAAGGUGAUGUAAGGCUCUUCGACAAUGCAUUUGAAGGUUCCAACACGAAUCCUGGAUCUAUCGCUCUAGCAUUCUACUCAGGCCUGUUCAGCUAUUCAGGAUGGUAUGCACUAAACUUUUUGACAGAAGAAUUAAAGAAUCCAUACCGGACCUUGCCAUGGGCAAUUUGGAUCUCAAUACCACUGGUGACAGUCAUAUACGUACUGGCCAAUGUUGCGUACUUCGCUAUAUUGACAAAAGAUGAAAUACUUGGCUCAGAUGCAGUAGCUGUGAGCUUUGCCAUGAAGAUGUUUGGUAUGAUGGCUUGGGUUAUGCCUGUCUUUGUGGCCUGUUCCACAUUUGGCAGUUUGAAUGGCUGUAUCAUGUCCGUAUCUCGCCUCUUCUUUGUUGGGGCAAGGGAGGGCCAACUCCCAGAAGCCCUAGCUCUGGUUAGCCUUGCAACAUACACCCCUAUACCAUCUUUGAUAUUUGAGUGUGUGAUGUCAUUGCUGUACCUCCUAGUAGAAGAUGUAUUUACUUUGAUCAAUAUGUGUAGCUUCAUGGAAGCACUAGCUGCAGGUGUAUCUGUAGCCUCACUACUCUUCUUACGCUAUAGCCAGCCUAAGCUCAAAAGGCCCAUUAAGGUUAACCUCGCUUCUCCAACUGUAUUUAUUGUAAUCUCCGUAUUCCUGGUGGUCAUCCCAAUUGUGUUGACUCCACGUGAUACUCUAUAUGCUGUUAUUGUCAUGGCAACUGGUGUACCAGUCUAUUGGAUAUUUGUCCUAUGGAAAGACAAACCCAAAGCUAUUAGACGUCUUAAUCAAACGUGUACAACAUAUAUACAACGUAUGAUUAUGGGUGUUCACGGAGAGGAAGAUAAAAUUGAUUAGUACCAUGUCAGCUAGGAGACAGACAUUGAACACUAAAAGAUAAUGCAAACAAGAAAACACACAAGAUACUUAUGAUGCAAAGGUACAGCUGGCAGUAAAACUUAGGAUUAAAUGGACAAUUACUAAUUAUCACUUUCAUCAAAAAUGACACAUAAGACUGGACAACACUAGACGCAUAUAUACAUGGUCAUCACAACGCUAAUGGGCUUAAUUCUUUGUUUCCAAACAGGCUGCAGUGGAAAGGACUAAAAACAUUAUAUUGGAUCAUUUGUGUAAACAUUUAUAUCAUCCUUCAUUGGUAUAGUCUCAUUAAAGGUGCAUAUGGGAGACAGAAGUUUGUAGUAAUAACUUCUGAUAUGCUGAGAAUUGACAAUUAAAAGUUUUCCUGCUGAUAUGUGUAAAAUUUUGUGACUUAGAAUUCUGAUUGGGUGGUUGGACUACCCUCAUUUUGAUGGCUCGACAUAAGUUAGAAAAUAUUCCAGAGAGAGAAAGUAAAUAGACAAUCAACAAAAUGCUCUCAUAUAUAAUAUUUAUGGCAGAGAGUGUUCAUAGGUUCAUGUACUCUCAGUUGUAUUGGAUAAUAUGGAAAUAUUGCUCUUAUGAAAUGAAAAAUCCUAUUUUACAUCAGUAGAUUUCCCUAUUUAUAAUGCAGAUUGAAUUUUAACAGAAAAUUCUCUAUUGAGUCGAGUGUAUUUUGGUAUUAUUCGAUUCAAUUUAUUUCAUGAUUUUUCGAGUUGACAUGCUAUUCAGGCACAUUGUAUCAUCAUUUUGGAGCAUCAUUUUCAAACCACAACAUUUAAAUUGUUUGUGCUUAAUUGUUGUUUUAUGUUGAUGUAUUAACUGUUACAUGUUUGUGUUGGUAAUAACGUUUGUUUUAUGUUGAUAACUAUUGUUAUAGCACCCUCCGUGGAAUAUAUUGCAUUCAGUUUAUUUUUAAGUUUGUGAUUCAGUUGGUCCUUUCUUUAAGCAUUCAUAUGUUCAUGUUGUUGUUACUAUGGAAAUCAUGACAUCAUCUGAGAACAAUGGACUUGAAUUAAUGAAAGCAAU